GGCAGGUAGUGGUAGGAACCAGAUGCUGAAAGAAAGGGAUAUUAAUUAGAAGAUUUAACAUUCUUAGAAAAUCAAAUAUACCCAUUAUCUUAUGGCUCGUUUGUCCGCCUUCGCGAUAGCGGCAUUGAGUGAUCGAAAGUUGGAGCGUGAUAAGCGCACGUGGGCCGCUGAGACAAUUUCCCUUACGGCAAGAAUGUACCAGUGUUUAACAGAUACCGCACACCUUCAAUUUUCUUGAGCCUAGUUAAUCUCUCUUUUCGUAAUCUUCGUCUUUUUAGGUAAUUGUUGGCGUUCUCACUAAUCAACGAUUAGUGUCAGCGGAGUACUCCGCACGCAAUCUUUCUAUCAAAAAUGUUUGUAGUGCUUGAGUGGCCCUCUUUGUCAUGGACGCCGCUCUCUCUCCUACUGUCUGUAUUUGCAAUCGCAGUCUUCAGCAUCGCAGUUUCUUUCAUCUUUGUUCUGGGAAGAGCUUACUCUCAAGUCCGUAACUUUGAUGGUCCACCAUGCCAUCUAAUCAAAGGACAUUUAGAACAGGUAAGAUUGAGUAAGACCAUAUUUGGUCUUUGACAUUCGCUAUCUUUAUAUUGUAUAUUGCCGCUUUGCUCAUAAAUUGUUUGCCCUAUUUAGGAUUUAAAAAGAUAUUCCUUGUAAAUGAUUUGUUUGACGUUGCACUUCACUAUGAAGAGGACACAAAGUAGAAUAGCAUCUCUAGCCCAUGUCCGAUACACUACCGUCAAAAAUUUGAGUAUUUGCCAUGAUAAGCUUCCACCAGGGCGAAUCGAGCAUUUUUUGAUGAAAAUCACUUCGGACGAUUACUUUUUGAAAUGUACGAGAGAUCAAGUCUAACGAGCGUUGUGAUCCAUUACAUUCCAAGCUGAUCCUGCUUUCUAUAGCAUAAGCGCCUGAGAGAAACCCUCUUACUAACGUUCUUGGACGAGAUUUUUCACUAGUAGUGAGUUGGAAAACCGAGCAAAUGGGGUUUUGCAGAAUUUAACCAAGGUUACUAAGCUCACAGAUUUUUUAAGUUAUCAAACUUUAUAUUUUAAAUAAUGAGAUAAAAGUCAGUGUGGAAGUCGCCAAAUUUACUGCCAAAAUUAUGGAAGCUUAAGGCUUUGUUAGGGAAAAUGUGCUGUCCUCUUCUAGAUUCCGAAAAUAUAUUGUUUUUAGCUAGUUUGGGAAACAAUGAUAUCAAAUGAAUCUAAUCUGUUCUUUAGCAGCAAAAUCAAAUGAGUCUCAUUUGGUAGUAAGCCCUGACUCGUAUGUCUUUCCUCGCUUUAACAAUUAAACAGAGCAUUUCCGGUUUACUUUGAUGUGAACGUUAAAUAAAGUCCGAACUUGUUUACUCAGUUACCGCAAUGCCCUACGGCAGCGAACCGCAAAAAUACAACUGACAUAAUAGUUUCCGCCUGUCGCAACCUUUUGAAAGUCAAAAAAAUCGAUAAGGAGGUGCUGUUUGCUUACUGGUGUUUGUUUACGUGUUAAACUUGACGCCUGUCGAAUGUAGACCGUGUGCGAAGUAACACACUUAUUCCAGGGCGCCAAAGUAGACCCUUUUGUCACAUAAAAAGUGUAGAUCAAUUAAAAAGUUAAGCCAUCGUAUUUGAAUGUUUUACAUGGUGGCCAUAACCUUGUGGUUGUUUUCAGUACUGAAAAAGUAUUUUGUUGAAAACACUGCAGGAUUCUGUUGCACCAUGCAAUAUUUGAACCAAACGUCAUUUUAGAUCUUUAUAGCUCCAUGCCGAGGGGAUUCGCUUGACGCGGAAAGGGAAAAGUGGGAAUUUGCUUUUCAUAAAUGCACAGUGAACGCUCAAUUCAUACAACAGUCUCGAAACCAGAAUAACUACUUUCUGUGUGAAGAUAAGCGGGUUGGGCAUAAUUAUGACAUCAAGAGUCAGUUAGUGCAUGAUCUUAUGGUAUCCUUUCAAGCCUUUAAGUUCAAGGAAAGAGCUUUAUUUUUCCUGGGGAGAAAUAUGCGUAUCUUCAGAAGCAAAGAUUUGUCAUUGGAUCACCCAAGGUUUAUUCUCUUAAGACGUUCAGUUUUAGUAGGCUGUUCCGUUCAAGAAUCAAAGAUCUUGUCUGGACUUUUCAUCAAGUCCUAAACCAAAGCAAUGAAAGAGACUCUCGAGUUUUCGUGGUUUAAAGGUAUUAUUCUUGUCAUGUACGUGCGUCAUCACAUCUUCUAAUCACAUACUUUUGGGUUGACAUUAUGAAUAAGUGAUGUAUGUCACUGGCGAUAAGAGAUCAGCUUAAGAGGAUGGUUUGUUUUAUUUGUCAGCCGCCCUAGUGCUUCACAUGCUUAAAAUUAGGGAACAAACACUAAGAGUUUAUGACCACGUGGUUCCACUGAGACGAUCAGGGGUUUGAGUAAUCAUCACUUGAUGUGUUGUUCUUCGGUAGUAUCGGUGUAAUGGAGCACUUAUAAACUUCCAAUUAGAAAUAAUUUGUAAUUAAAAUUGUGGCAGUUACUUAAUCCUGUUGAUUCGGUGAUUAUGAUGUGUAUUACAUAAGGUGUGCGCCAGGGGUUAUAUCAGCUUUUAUUGGAACCUAUUAGCAGGACUGAUGUUGUAUCUUCUUAGCUUGUUUUCUACAAGCUUAUACUUCUGGAAGCCUUAUAACCGCUUACUCCAUAAACGUAAACAAAAACGUGUUCAAGGUCGUAGCGAAUAAAUAUUUGGUCACCCAAAGUAUAUGUACAUUCCCUCAAGGCACGCACCUAGACCAAACAUACUUCUUUACUUAUAGCAAAAAAUGUCGCUUGAAAAACGAAAUCAAGUCAAAGGGUAACGGUUGUUCUUAAAUUUACGCUUAAUGUUUACCGCAGGCUACAUUCGAUGGUCAAGGGCUUCGUUUUCACCAAAAGUGUACAGAGCUUUACAAGACAGCUUAUCGUGUUUGGUUUGGACCUUUAAAGUCGGCGGUCGUUCUCUGUCACCCUGAUGCUGUGAAACCGUUGCUGGCGACCACUUUUAAAGAUCGAACUGUCAGCCACCUGUUGGCUGCAUUUCUAGGUACAUCAAUCGACAGUGUUUAUACUUGAGAUACAAAAAAUGAAAACAAACAAGUGUUUUGUAUUGGUUCUCAAAUCUUGAAAGAAAAUUCUCAAUUGUUUACGUCUUUAUUUUUUAGCUCGUGUUAUUAGAUCAAUUCACAGCCUUUCUUUAAAAAUAAAAUAAAGAAAUGAUUCUCGCUGAUGCGCUGCAAUUUUCAAUCCGCUGGUCGAAUGAAAGUCCUUUACGGGAAAAAGGAACCCUCUUAAAUUUGCCUCGCUCCCUAUGUGUGGCUUCGUUGUUCAGUUGGAGCUUAAAUUUUUUCCUUUUUCAGCUUUGUGUUUCUGCAGUUUCUGAGAUCGCAGCUCACCUGCGAAGGUAAUCGCGUUGUUUUAUUCAGUCGGAGGAUUAAUCACGAGCUGAAUUACCAUAAUGGAGAACUUCAAGUUAGUUUUUUCCCGCGGCUAGACUGUUUUGUAUCUGUAGUCGGUCAACGUUUUCCUUUUUCCUUUAUUUUUAUAUCUUUUUUAACUUUAAUUGGAUAUUUUUCGGACUUUUAGGUGUUGGUCUCGGUCUCCAAGAAGGAGAGAGAUGGAAAAAUUCGCGGAGACUUCUAACUCCAGCUUUCCACUUCGAAACUAUCCAACCAUACAUCAAGAUUUUCCAAGAAUCUGCAGAUAUUUUAUUGGUAAAUAGAUAACUUGUAUAUGAUAAUCAAAGUCACAAGAGAUAACUAUUGCUCCUAUUUUAAUGUUUGGAAAAACAUCGGCAGAGUGGCUAAUCGCUGACGCCUAACAGCGAGCGACUACGGCCAGCUGAUUCAGUGAAUGCCCCAUAUUAUAUAAAGGAGUGACUUCGAUGUAGAUGAAGGAAACCUCGAUUGACUAAGGCGUUACAAGCCUGAAGUCUUUUGUGUUUCCCAAAAAUGAUUAAAUAAAUAAAUAAAAGAUCAAUAAAAACAAGAACAAGCGUGAGUGAGGUUUUAUAGCUUUCACUGCUAAAUGAACACUAAGAAAAUCGACAUAUUGCAAAUUCAAAGAUUUUCCAUUUGCAGGUGUUUAUAUCUCUGAUCAAAUAUAUAUUCACUCGAUUAUGUUAUUACUUUUUAGGGUAAAUGGGCGUCGUCCCCGAACAGAGAGGUGGAGCUCUUUCAUGAUAUAGGGUUGUUGACGUUUGACUCCAUCUUGAAAUGCGCCUUCAGUUACUGGAGUGACUGUCAAGUGAAAAGAUAAUUUGCUUUAUUGUUUAUUAUUUAAUUUGCAUCUGACUUCUCAUGAAUAGUUGCACUGCGCGGAGAUAUAUCCAGAAAUGCAUACAAUAACGAAAAUGGCGAAAAUUCGUCAAAAUCGUCAAUUCCGCCAAGAUGAUUUCGCUUUGACGAAUUUGACAAAAAAAUCCCCAAAAUCGUCGAAUCCAUGAACAUUGACUCGGUUUGAAGAUAGAAAAGUGGAGAGUUGCGCUAGUUAGUGCAAAGCUAAAUUGUCAACGGGCUUGACUUGAUAGGGAAAGGUAUCGAUUUUUUUGCCGAUGUUCAGUUGGGAAACUUAACGAUAUGCUCGGAGGUAAUCGUUAAAGGCUUUGAUGCCAUGUUCUGCUAAUUGGUAAUUCAAUACAAGGGGCGUGGAUUUCUUUCAUGAAUGUAUACGCUGGGAUUUGGGCUGGUAGGAAAGUCUGUCCAAAAUUGGGGUGCACUCGUAAAAAUUUUGCGCAUUCCGAGAAGGAUGGCGUUGUGUUGAUGACUUUAAGAACCAUCGAUGCUCUUGAAGACGAGAUUAGACUCGUGGGUUCUGAUCGGGUGAAAAUGGCCUCGGCAGUACUCUUUGCCUUUCUCUUGUGGUAAUUUGUAUUAAGCUGAAGGUUCAGUCAGUCAUCAAGCAGGUACUUAUCUCCAAUGUUAUUGUUUUCCUCAGCACACCUGACUCCUUCCUGAGAGCAGUUCACGAAAAUACUCAAGCAAUUAUGGAUCGGUUUCGGUAACAAAGUUUUAUCAUCAUCAUUAUCACCAUUUUAAUUAUCAUCAUUGCCAUAGUUUUCAGUUACCUACUAAUCUCUCUGAUCAUUGACCAUUUGACAUGUUUUACCCUCAAAAGACCUCCAAGAAGUUUUCAAAAAAUUUCAGGAAGAAGUUCUCAGAUUUUGUCAUGAAUGUGCCACUAUAAUCCGUUGUAAACGUUUUGGAAUCAAAAAAGGUUGUCUCCCUUGCCAAGUUACAACAUGAUUUUACGUGAAAUAGGAAAAUCAAACCGGUUCGCUGACACUUUUUAUUAACAACUUGAAGGAACAUUAAGAGUUAAAAAAUUAUCAAAGUGUUGAUGAAACUCUUUCUCUUAAUCAGGACUCCUCUGCACCAUUCAGAUUUUGUUUACAAUCUGACGUCCGCGGGAAGAAGGUUCAAAAAGAAUUCUGAGAUUGUUGGUUGCAAGGCAGAUGAAAUUAUCAAGAAAAGAAGAAAGGCUCUGAUGGAAAGGGUAAUCGAUAGAUGAUAAUAUAGCGAGAGCCAUACAUCGCUAGGCCAUUUUACUAUACAUGCCUUGCAACAAUUCUGUUAUACAUUUUUGAGACUUACAGUAUUAUGCAUACAAUAGUCAUUUAUUAAUACAUCAGCAUCAAUAUUUCUUACUCCCCGUUUAGGAGCAAUAAAUAUUAAUUUGUUAUAAGGCUUCAACCUCGUACUUGGCCGGGCCUAACCAGUUGAUGAUCGAGCAUAGAGACUGAAUCCUCCCAGCGUAUGUGCCCAAGUCAGUUUUAGAUUAUUACCGUUUCCGAAGAUCCUAUGAGGAUCCAGAAAUAUCCAUCCUGCUUCCCAAAUUUUUCUCAUCUGCUCAUCGCAUUCUGCUUCAGCAAGAAACUCAACACGUGCAGAAAAAAGGGGUUUCUCAAGUUCGAGCGUCCUGUGUAUAUUUGCAUUAUAAGUUCCUUGACAACACAACUGAUGAAAAUUUCAAUUUUUAGCCAGAAGAAGAGGCUUUGAGAAGACAAGAGCAUUUUGACUUCCUCGACAUUCUUCUUGAAGCCAGGGUAUGAUUGCCUUACACCUCUGUGUGUUGACUGUUACACCUUUUAUAUCACGUCUUCGAAGAACCAAUUGAAAUUCCUUAGAGGCCGUCAACAACGAACAAAGCUUCACAGAUUAUUUAUUGAUUCUUAAAUCGCUGGCUCUAUAACUGCCUAUUAUCUCUCCUGAUUAGUGAUAUAAUACCACAUUUAUAUCAUCAUAUUCAUAUUUUUCCUUUUUAUUUUUUAAGCGCGAUGAUGGACAAGGAUUAACGGAUGAAGAGAUUCGAGCUGAAGUAAGAACAUUCAUGUUUGCGGGACUUGACACGGUGACCAGCGGUAAAUGCUGCUUUCAUUAUAUUGAUCAAUGCAUGAUUCUUCGUACUUUUGCAUUUUUUAGUUGGAGAAUCAAUCACUGGAUUGUUCUCUUGACGUGAUUUAGAGGAAAGGAAACUUAAUCAAGGACAAUUUUCGACAAAAUUUUGCCGUUGCAUCACUUAAAACUGAUUUGAUUAUAUCUUGACCAUACGUCGAGUCAAAAAUUGUGAAGAUUAAUUGACCCUUGAAGUCCCAUUAGCGACUAAGACAAAAUUUCUCCUUACAAUAUCAAUACGAUAUCAAACAGACAAGCGAUGGGAAUACAGAAAAAUAUCAAUUAGGGGAUUAUAAGUUGAUCCAAUACCAAAUUCUCCAAACUAACAUGUAUGGCAGACAGUAAGGAGAGUUACUAAUGAGAUCUUGGGAGUUAAAGGGUUAAAUGAGACUUGAACCUCUUGUGGUUUGUGUGUAGGCUAGAGUUCAAAUUUUAUUCUACAUGUAAUUGCCUUUGUUUCGAACUGAUGUAUCAUACAUAAAUGUAGCUGCCCACAGUUUAACGAAAAUGAAACCAAUAUUGAAAGAAAUGAACCGCAAGAUAUGUAUGUUGAUAUUUCAAAAUACGCUGCGAUUUAAUCAAAAGGUAAUAUGUCUUGUUCCUACAGCAAUCAGCUGGAUCCUCUACUGCCUAGCACUCUACCCUGAGCACCAGCAGAAAUGCCGGGAAGAAAUUGAUUUACUUUUUGAAAAUGGAAAUGAUUUACAACGGUGAGUCAAACUUUGCCAAAAGGAAAAAAAAACUAUACUUAGUAAUUUAGCUCAACAGGUGAGGAAAAUUGCACUAAUCUGUCGAAUAAGGUCUUCACUUCGCAUCCACAGUUAAUGCAUCGGAUGUUCUCAGACCAUUCCACAGACCAUAAAACUAUGUAACUGUGUAAAAUCCAACUGAAAAACCCAAAGAUUAAGAUCCUUCUCAUGACUGUUAAAUUAUAGUUGAUUCGGUUCUGUUCGGUUGCCUGUGUUUUAUGAUAUGAAAUGGCGCAAGUGUUAUUUCAAGCAGGGUUUUUUUUUAUAAUUCCUACUGUUUCCUCCACAGAGCGGAUCUCUGCAAUGUUCCUUAUCUCAAGCUUUGCAUCAAUGAGUCAAUGCGUCUGUACAGUCCAGUUCCGAUUAUAUGUCGUUUAUCGGACAAGGAAUAUGAAAUUCAAGGAAGGACCCUCCCUUCAGGUAUAUAAAUUAAGGCAGUACAUCAAGCAGAUAUGUCCUGGCAAUAUGUUCCAGAAGUGAGAAUAUAAAGUAAAGGAACAUUUGGGGCGAGUUUGAAACUCGAGUUGCGUUCUUGCACAACUCUUGGAACUAAAUCAGAUGUUUUUGUGUGUGAAAAAGCUGAAAAAACUGACAAUCUGGAAACAGUAUUUGAUAACUUGAUACCAGAAGUAGAUAAUAAAGGCAUUAGAUGAUUGACGAUGAUUAACUAUUUUGACACAGGUACUUUUCUGUAUGUCAACAUCUUCGCUAUUCAUCGUAACCCUUACAUUUGGAAAAAUCCAGAGGUGAGUUCGCAUAAAAAUGCAGUCACGCGCCUCUCACAAAUCACUCGGAACUGUUGCUUACCAAUAAUAAAAGCCUUAAGAUGUUGUUACGGCUUUACUGUUCGCGUCAGUAUGGCAAGCAUACGUUUUUUCUCCAUUCUUUUUAAUUUUUGAAGAGGCUAGGGUGUGGUUGUAAACGUGACAAAACAUCUUUGCAAAUGUUGCCUAACUGCAACAGUACCUCUUACUUCAUCAUUCUUUUUCAGCACGGCUUUAUGCUAAAAGCGACCUAUAAAAAAAAAAGGGCAUAUAGGGAAUGGAAGGUAGCUUGGCUGUAAUUUAAAUGGAAUUAAAUUAGCCGUCUUAUGUGAUUUAUUUCACCCCUAGGUAUUUGAUCCUUUGCGGUUCACAGAGGAGAACACCAAAAAACGGCCAUCGCACACUUUCAUUCCAUUUUCAUCCGGAAGAAGGUAAAUUUCUAUCUUUCAAAAAUCACAAAUGAGAUAUUACACGUUGCAGGAUUUUUUACUCCGAAUGUUCAGGGAACUUUGAUGUGUUGAUGGUAUUCGGUUAUUCUAAUUAUCCAUACCUGUCUAAACUUCCAAUUUCUUGUUGAUUUUGUAACCAAUCAGUACGAAAAUAUAAAAUACCAAGUCUAACGGGUAGGUAAUUUUACUUGACUCAUUGACCAAAUCAUGCAAUCUUAUGGUAUAACAAUUUGGAUCAUUCAAUUUGCUCUGUUAUAAGACUGAUCUGCUCACCAGUUUUAAAAAAAGUUCCUCCGAUUUUAAUAGCACACACGUAUUGUCACAUUUCUGAUGUAGAAAUCAAAGUUUCCUAAUUUCUGAGCACCAUCCCUUCUCAGAUAUAAAUCUCAUUUCAAAUUGGUAUUUCAGAAACUGUAUAGGCAAGAAUUUUGCAAUGGCGGAGAUCAAAUCUACAAUAGCUAUGAUAUUGCAUCGGUAAGUCAAGGAAAAUAAAUAAACUAUAUUGCCUCAAUUUUUUCGGUCGAAUACAAAGGCGAAGAUACUUUUUUCAGGAGAGGAGAAAGAGAAACUCAUUUCGUUGUGGGGUAAAGUAGAAGUUCUUCAAUAAUCGGCGCAUGGAAUACUUUAAUGGGGAGUGAAAACGUACGGUAUUUUGGCAUGUCGUGGGUGAAAAUGUCGUGCGCGUGUAAUCAAAGGUUCCUGAGACGUGUCGUCUGCCUGUCACAAGCUUGUCGCGUGCCGCAAAGUUGUGCCGUGUUAAUCGGUCCCGGUGUCAUAGUAAAUCGUAUCAUUUUUUUUUUAUUUUCGGCAUUUUAGGUUUGAGCUUACGGUUAAUGAAGAUAACAUGGUGUCUAUGGAGGACCUUCUCACAGUGCUUGUAUUACGUAGUAAAAAGGGACUAAAAGUUAACGUUACCCCAAUAGAUCACAACCAUAAUUCAUCGACGGUUUGUUCUGAACGAGCAAACAUAAAGUGCUGACUCGACAUUCAGGACGAGCCUUUCUUCCUCUUUUUUUUCAAAACAGACUGAAGCUUCGGGCUGAGUCAUCAAAAGUUAAGAAUGUUCAGACUCUUGCAUCCUUUUUUAAAAUUCAAGAGAGUAGAAAUCAACGCUGUACCAUAAAAAAAAUGCGUAUACAUAAAUUUGAACUUCAAUGUAACCAAACGAUUACCGUUACUUAUUUAUUUCUGCAAAACACACGCUGUGAGUGCGUAUAAAAGUAUUCUGCUGAAUGGAAAUUAUAUGCAAAUAGCGAUAUUUUGAUGAACAUAGGUAAUAAGGUAGGAUCUCACUCACUCAAAGCUUCCUUUUAUUUACUUUUGUUUUCAAUGUAUUCUGGACCGAGAAUUGCUAAAGGAAAAUCUAAAAUAUAUCAUUUAAUUAUCGAUAUAAUUACAUUAUUUUACAUCAAUAUCAUAGAAGCGUUUUAUUUUUGUGAUUAGAUGGUAAAAAUGCCAAUCAAAAUUAGCAUUUUACACCUCAUUUGUCUAGAAUAAACAGUAGUUACUUUUUGUCAUUUGUUCCAAAAAUUGGACAAAUAAAAAUGAUGAAAAUAAAAACGAAUUAUACCGUUAUACUAGAUAAAUAUAGUACUAAAUCUUUAAGAGGCGAUCUCUGUAAGAGCGGUCCAGGGUAUUUCGCAUCGGAAAAAAGUUUUCCCUCGAACUUUGCCCAAUAAACUAUCUUUGGU